AUGGAAACCUUCUACAGACUCAAGGACAAGGUCGUCAAGCUCCUAUCCCCAGGUCCGAAGCGUCGACGCACUCUCGGUCCCAGCACCAGCACCAGCACCCCCUCCAGCAAGGAACACGCUUACCUCUCGCACUCCGAGCCUCGAGACACAAAGGCACAAGCUGCUAUGAUUAACCGCCUUCAUCAAAACUACCCCUUGACUUUCGGACCAAAAAAUCCCCGAAAACGCACGCGCGUCGAAUACGAAGAUGAGGAGAAGGAAGUGGUCAUCUCACCUGGCGACUCGAUCUCCCAGAAGAGUUCACAAGUUGGCGACGAUGAGGCGAGUGACGGUGGAACUGGAACUGCUCUGACUUCGCUAGCUGCAAGUGGUGGCGAUGAUAUCAUCGAGGAAGAGAUAGAGAGUGAGCUCGUUGAUGGAAGUGAUGACAGCGGAUCACAAGUUGCGAGCGAGGAUAGCGAGUCUCUCGAUGAAGCGGAAGGAGAAGAGGGAAAGAGCACUCUCGUGGAGGAGGACAGUGACUCAGUGGAAGAAGGAGAGGAAGAGACCGAACUCGUCGAAGGAAGUGAGGUUGAGGAAGAGCAAGCGGUUAGCGAUGAAGAUCGGGAGGUGAUCGAUGCUGAGCAGAUCUACUCCGACGAAGACGAAGACGAAGAGGUCGAUAUCGACGAACGAGAAGCCGCUGAAGCCGAGCGAAAGGUCCAAGAAUACCUGGCCAGACAGGCUGAGCUUGCUUUGAGAAGAGAAGACGUCGAGAAGGUCAAGGCAGCUGGCGGUUGGGACCCAGAAUCUCUAUUCUUAUACGAGAGACUUGCCUUGCGCAGCUUCGAGCCGCUCAUUCACAACUAUUGGCGAAUCGACUUUCCGACUCUUCCGGAGGAUCUCUUCACCCCUGAUGAGGAGCUUACAUUCGUCAAUUCAAAUUUCCGUUCCUCCGGCAGUGGCGUCAAAGCACUGCAAAGCCUGAUCAGUCUCGGUGUCCGUGUCCGUGACAAGCUCGAAGCUGGCGGUAGUCCAGAGAAAAUGGUCGCCCGUGCGAUCAAGGGUUAUUUGAGAUGGUCCGAGAGAGAUGGAGGAUAUGAGAAGAUGAUGUACAUUCCGGUCCACACCAUCGUUUGUGCCCGCUCCUCGCAAUCAGCCGGUUCAAUCACAGCCGCCAUUACGAGCCAGAUGAAAUUCCUCGGAGACAGACACAGGGAGAACUUGUCUAUUCCAGGUGGACAAAUCAACGAGGUCGGUGAGCUGCAAAUGUAUCGCAGACCACUUCCAGUUUUGUAUGGAUUGAUCGUAGCUCAGGCCAAGGUCAUUCUUGCCACUUGCUCCUCUGCCGAAGAUGCAACCAUCAGGCAUAUUGGUCACGUCGAUUUCAAGAACCAGGACAUGGACGUCUGGAACGGCUUCGCGAUCGCAUUCAUGUUCAUCGCUGCCCGCAACUACAUCAUGUCUAUCAAGGAUGAACUUGAGGUCGAUACCACGGCUGAUGCCGAUGAAGAUGCAUGA